AUGGCCCCAAUUCCCAGGGCCGAUUUGGAUGGAGACAACCCUUCAUCAGAUAUCGGCGAUAGUCAAGACUCUCCGAUGCGCCGACAAUUUUCUGAACCAUUUCGCCCCCAAUCUACUUCCACCCAAAUGUCUCAUUCACCAGAUCCCGUUCAGCAUGUGAAAUGCGACUGGUGCGGAAAGCUUUUGCAGCUUCCAGAGGACCAAAGUAUCUCCGAAGAUGAUGUGUUAAAUGAGCACAUCAACGAAUCUCACCCAAAAAGCAUUAUUCUUGGCUAUGAUGGUACCGAAGAUGGCGCCGAAGAUACUUAUGAUGAGACUGGCGAACUCCAAGAUGAUGACGACAUUGAAGAUGAGGCUGCAGCCGAAGCUGAAGCUGCCGGGCCUGAAGAUACCGAGCCCCAAGAAGACGAAGCCGAAGGCGAUGAAAUCACAGUGGAAGUUACUGCUGAUGAUACCAAUGGCACAAAAUCCACCACAAUCACUGUCAAUGCCAAUAACGUGCCUGCAGGCAAGCUCGACCCAAUUGAGUGGAUCUCCAACCCGCGUACUUCAUAUCCAGAGGAGUAUCGCAUCCGCCAGGCCAAGUGGCGAAGAGAAGACGUGAAAAAGCGCCUUGAUGAACAUUGGAAUGUCCACAAUGCCGUCCUUUUCUCACCCGAUUAUCAACUAGAUGCUGCAAAGUGCGAAUUAGACUGGGAAAAUGCUUUCCAUGAUCCUUUCAAACCAAAGAAGCGUGAUGCAUCUGAACCAACUAUUCACCCCGCCCUCUACAAAAAGUCCAAAGUCGACAAGGGCCAAUUUCUCGAAAUCCAGGUCCCAGAAGUCGACACCCUUAUUAACAUGCUCCGGAAUGCCGACAAACACUCAACUGAUGAACUUUACGCACUCGCACAAACUGGAGCAUUUGCAUUGAAAACGAUCCAAGAUGAAUAUCUCGCCCUCGACAAUCUUUACCUGAGAGGAAAUCGACACAGACGUGAUGUGCCAACAUACGAAACAAAGCGACAUCAGUUGCAGGGGAACAAGAAAAAAGGCGGAGCACCUUUGGCUCGUGUCACCGAAGACGUUUAUGACUUUGAGGAGAAGAAAGAGGCCAUGCUUUAUGGUUACAAACACCAGCACUUCCCAGGAAACACACCACUUGUGUCUAUUCGCACCCCGCAAGAUCCGUUCGUCCAAGGAGGCUUUGUUCCUACCCCUGCACAGGCCAGAAAGAUGAUUGCCAAGCAAAAGGAUCAUGGUGAUCGCAACAUGGACAACUGGACUACCAUGAAAAGGCACGGCCUCGAAUACCACCCUCAAAUGUAUGAGCCUCGCAGCGAGCCACUUAUUCCAAAAAUUACCCGGAAACGCAAGGCCGCAGAGGUCGAACUACCCGCCAAGACCCCAGACACUGAAGAGACACAAAAUGAGAGUGGAGAUGGUGACGAAACUGAAGAUGAAAACCAUGCCGUGAAGCGACGAACCCGGACUCGGGGCGGCAAGCGUGUUGUCGUCGAAUCUGUUCACUCAGACACCAACUCUCGUCGUGGCGGUGGCGGUGGUCGCGGCCGUGGCCGCGGCCGCGGUCGUGGAGGGAUCUCUCGCCAAGGCUCCUCUCGACCAACAUUUGAAGUUACCCCAGUCCCAACAACACAACCCUCAAAUCGUGGCCGGGGUCGACGUGGUGUUAGCACUGUCGGCUCGUCGGCAACUCCCACGGCAGAGUCCUCAUUCCCAGCCAUCGAGCCAAACGCCACCGCAAGCCCCAUUGAUCAAACGCAAGCGCCGGCCAAGAAAGAAGCUCUCUCCGCCGAGGCAAUCGAAGAGGCUAGGCGGCAAAAGAUCGCCAACUCAAAGAAUCCCAAGCGUACAAAGGCGAUGCUCGACCACUGGGAUCGUUUCAACCGAGAAGGACGCAUUCGCAACCCAAAGCGUUCCAAGGCCCAAAUUGAGCAGGACAGAACGGAUGCCCCCGAGGAUUCGAUGCCUAGUUCCAUUGGUCCUGGGCCUGGUCCUGGCCGCCCGAAGAGGUCGCCGUCGCUGGUUCCCCUUGCUGGCAAUCUCGCCCCCAAGGCACCUGGUCUGCCCUCCAUGGCAAGCGUACAAGCACAGCAGCACUUGCCUCCAUCAUUCCCUCCUAUGGGAAUGGCUCACUAUGGCCACGGUCAUGUGAAUCCAUAUGCCGGUGCGCCUGUUGCUCCCAUGGCGCAAUUGGGACAACCAAUGCCUCCCCAAUACGCUCCAUUUCCAUAUGUUCAAUACGGAAUGGGUCACCUCCCGGGUCCGCAUGACCCUCGUGAUCCUCGCCAUUGA